AACGUUUUUCUUAAAUGCUGUGUUCUGUCUACCAACAAACGCCAGGUUCUUCGGUGCCAGAGCAGUCCACUGACAAACGCACUUUUGCUCAGUCUACGCGGCGACAUGGCGAGCAAGGUCCCCCUUGUGACUCUUUCAUCGGGGCACAAGAUUCCUGCUAUUGGCCUUGGAACUUGGAAGUCUCAAGUGGGUCAGGUGUAUGAGGCUGUCAAGAUUGCCAUUGAUGCAGGGUACCGGCACAUUGACUGUGCAUUUGCAUACCAAAAUGAAGAAGAAGUUGGAAGAGCAAUUGAAGAUAAAAUUAAGGAUGGCACUGUGGAAAGGAAAGACCUUUGGAUCACUGGGAAGUGCUGGAACACUUACCACAGCAAGGACAAAGUGUUUGAGUGCUGUGAAUUGUCUCUGAAAAAGCUGCGCCUGGAGUACUUUGACCUAUAUCUCAUGCACUGGCCAAUGGGCUACCAGGAAGGUGGUGAUAUGUUUCCUCGUAAUGAAAGUGGAGAUUUCAUCUUUAGUGAUGUAGACUUCCUUGAAACUUGGGAGGCCUUGGAAGAAUGUGUGGGAAAAGGGCUAGCGAAGAGCAUUGGUGUUUGCAACUUCAACAAAGACCAGCUACUUCGUCUCCUAGAAGCAGCCAAGAUAAAACCUGCAAACCUGCAGAUUGAGUGCCAUCCCUACUUGAAUCAGAGUGAACUGAUUGACUUCUGCAAAAAGCACAACAUCUCUGUUACUGCCUACAGCCCCUUGGGUUCCCCUGAUCGCCCAUGGGCAAAGCCAGGAGACCCACUUCUCAUGGAAGAGCCUGCAAUCAAGGCCAUUGCUGAAGCCCAUGGGAAAACUCCUGCUCAGGUAUAUAGAUGUCCCCUUUGUAGAACUGAAGAGAAGGUGAAGCUUUGA